AUGAACGCCGACCCUUCGCGCCGAUCCCCAAGGCGGCGGCCAGAUCUCAGCGUCAACACCUCGCGCGCGCGUUCCAACUCCAGCUCCAAGAUUGCCUUGCCUCCGUUGUCACCGCCGCGCCGCAACGUCCCUGUGCCGUCUUCUCGGGCCAGCAGCCGCGGCUCGAAACCUCCCCCAGCACUCGGUACUACGGUUAUGGCCUCCAGCAUCGAGGCCGGCGGUGUCGGUCCCAACCGCCUGCGGUCCGGCACCUCGUCAUAUCCCCGUCAGGGUUCUGGCGCGGCCGCCGACGUCGAGACAUUUCUCGACAUGUACACCCCCAACGCCGUGUCCGCCAGCGGCAAGGAGAACAGUCCUCCGUCUCUGACCAUGGCCGAUGCUCCGCAGCCUCCACCCAUACGCGGCCAUCGCGACUCCCACGACCUGUCGCUCCCCUCGCGGCACGUCCGCGACUCCCUCGUCUCCAACAUGCUCCUCUCCCUCGACCAGUUCUCCAUGGGCCAAACAGCCGCCCCUGUGCGCUCUGCCCCGUCCUUUGAGGACCACCGUCUGUACUCCUUGUCGACCACCACCACCGACGACAACAUUGCCCGUGCGCCCAAUGUCCCGACAGCGCCACGUGGCGGUGGAGGAGGGGGCGGUGGUCGGUACGGCAGUGGGUAUAACAACUACAGCUCCGACUUCGAGGUGCCCGACGAUGCCAGUCGCGUGUCCGGCAGCAUCUCCCACAGCCGCCGCAGCAACAGCAGCUCCGGCUUCCAGUCGAGUCUAGGGCGCAUCAACAGCAUGCGCGAGUCGUCCCUGCACCGAGGCAGCCAGCCAGGCACGCCUCGUAUGAUGCACUCGCGUGGCGGCAAGGGCAGCAAAAGCAGCAGCACCAACAGCAUCGACGCCGGCUAUGUGCAGGUCCUCGGUAGCCAGCGAUGGGCUCAUGGUUUCGGGGGCCGUUCGUCGAGCUUCGAUCUUGGUCCUCGGUUGCCUGGUUCGUCUAGCGGCAACAACCCGCCUCCCACAUCCAUGAUCCCGCAGCAGCAGACGGCGCAGCAGGCGGCGCAGCAAACAGCACAACAAACGCAACCGUGGCAUAUUGAGUUCUCAAACUCCUUUUUCAACGACGCCUACGACGACGCCGCUCCGACGCCCACCGUUCCCGGUGGCCCUCGAAAACUGACCUCUGCCCCCUCAAUGCCGUCGAUCCCCUCCUUCCAACCGCCGCCGCCCGAUCCUCCCUCAGACCCUGAGCGACGCAAAAGCGUGCGGUCAUCAAGAAGCGCAACCGUCGGCCGGCAGUCUCAGACCAAAUUUAAUAAACCCGGUACUCCACCACUACCGCCUGCCUUCGAUCUCGACUCGGCACCGGCUCCCAACAUUGGCUACGAAAAGUCCAAAGAAGUCGUGCCACCACAGACCGCACAGCCGCAGCAGAUUCCACCGCAUCCGCUCAGACAAAAACCAAGCUUUUUCCGGCGUGUGUUUGGUGGAUUUCGUGACACUGCGGCUGAAAACGAGCCUGUGCCACAGCUACCAUCCGCGUCCACAAACACGUCGGGUGGUUUUGCCUCGUCCUCCUCUGUCGACGUAGCAAACGGCUCCCGCAGCCAGCAACACAGCUCGUCUGGCUUGGGUCAGAACCAGAAACAGCAAAGCGCUCCGCCGUCCCGAGACAGCCACCAUUCUACACAUGCGACGCUGCAAAAGAAACCCUCUGGCUUCUUCAGGCGCCGCAAGAAGAGCAUCUCGGAAACGGAAUCCCCGCCUCCACUGCCAAUGCCCCUUGUGCUGCCACCGCAACCAAAACAACAACCACCACCUCCUCCGCCUGCUGUGGCACAGCAACAACAGUCUCGGCCUGUGCCACUCGUGCCGCCCUUGAAGAUGCCCAACUUGCAGCGCUUCGUCGAAAAGCCAGCGCCCAGUCCCGUCACGAGCUUGAGCCAUGCCAUGAGCCCGUACCUUAAGACCAAUGGCGACGAUGCAAACACGGCUUCGCCGCUACAGCCGACAGACCUCGAUAGCACACCUCACACGCCGUCCAGGGACAAGGGUGCGAAGCCAGACAAUGCCGACACGAUCAAUCGAGCCGUCAGAGGCUUCUCGCCCGACUACGAGCCCCCACCAACUGCCACCAUCCGCUCGGUGGGCCCCGAGCCAUCGUCUGGCAAAGACCGGAGCACCAGCGGCCAACGACACCACCUCGAGACACCCACAAGACAACCUCCCGCGCCGCCUCAUCCUGCCCGCUCGGGCUCGUUCCUCAGCGACGACAGCGAUGGCGACGAUGAAAGCCCGCGCCGCGUCAUGACCAAGGCACUGUCCAAGAAACGCUCUGAACAAAGCGACUUUUUGUCCGUAUCCCCGUCAGCUGUGGACGAUCAGCACCUACCCCCCUCAAGCCAACGCCCAUCCUCCAAGAAGAGUGGCAGCCAAUUGAGCCUGCCGAUUGAAGGCGCUGCAUCCACCACGUCUCCCAAGGCACGCUCUGCCGGAGUCGCUUCGUCCAAGGCCUCGCCUCUUGUGAGCAGUAGCAGCGGCAACGGAAGCGUCCACAUGCCCAUUGUCAAGGUCGACAGCGGCGCCACGAAGGCAGAUGACAAGGACCCGAACAUCAUCGACGAGCCCGAGUUUGUCGUUGGCAUGCCUACCGAGGAUGACCGGCAAAAGGCCCUCAACAUCUACGAAGGCUGCGAAGACUUUAUCCAAAAGGAAAAGGCCGCUGCCUGGAUGGGCGAGGAAGGCCCGGUCCGGCAGCGUACGCUCCAGGCCUACAUGGAGCUCUACGAUUUCCGCAACCAGAGCAUUGUCAGCGCGCUGCGCGAUGUGUGCAGUCGCCUCGUGCUCCGCGCUGAGACACAGCAGGUCGACCGUAUUCUGGUAUCAUUUUCCAAGCGAUGGUGUGCCAACAAUCCCAACCACGGCUUUAAGUCGUUGGAUGUCGUCCACACUACGUGCUAUUCGAUCAUGCUCCUCAACACCGACUUGCAUUUGGCCGACAUUGAGUCCAAGAUGACUCGGUCCCAGUUUAUUAAGAACACAAUGACGUCGAUUCAUCACACUCUCGCCGACUCCGAUCCGAAGGCCAACGGUCGCUCCAUCUACGGCGGCCCCGACAGCGGCCGACGUCCGUCGGUGGACCAAGACCGCAACCUGGCGGUGGCGUCCCUCCCUCCACGAUCCGAGUCGUCACUGGGCCACAACCAGGACGACUGCGGCCCUCUAGUCAAGGCACCGUUUGAGGGCUCGAUGCGCGCCUGGGAAUCGCAGAUGGAGAUUGUGCUCAAGAUCAUAUACAAUUCGAUCCGCGAUGAGCGCCUGCCGCUCUUUGGUGCCGACGGCAACGGCAACAGCAACAGCCAGACGCCGAACAACCAGAGCGGCCUGUCGGUCAUUGGCAUGCUCAAGCGCACGCCCAGCGUAAUUAGCAAGGCUCCCUCGGAGAGCCAGGCCUCGCUCCGCGGACGCGUCACCGAAUCCAACACCCGGGCUGGUUCGUCACGUUGGACUUCCAAGAGCCGGUCGCGCGUGCGUGGCCCGGCAGUCGGUGGUCCGGGUGGUGCAGGCGGUGCGACCGGUGCCAACGGCUUCUCGUCAAGCCGCACGAGUUUCGAAGACGGUAACUCCAUCUGGAGUCCCACCGUAUCAUCGGCCACUUGGAGCCGACAGUCGCUCGGUCGCACUCAGACGUCCAUGUCCAUGGAGUCCUUUGGCUCGAACUGGGCAGGCCGCGGCGGCGAGUACCAGCAGUCCAUUGGUUUCGCCAACGCCCUCAGCCAAGCCAUCAUCCGAGAGGACGCGCUCGGCGGCACUGGAGCUGCUUCGAUAAUUAGUGACGACCAGUCCAUGCACCAGCGCGACGGCGCCAACCCACUGCUCGACGACGAGUCGCUCGAACUGGCCGGCCCGCCGUGGGUCAAGGAGGGCAUGGUUGUCCACAAGCAUCACCUGGACGGCAUGGACAAGAAGGCCAAGGAUAGAAACUGGACCGAGGUCUUUGCCGUUGUGCAAAAGGGCUACAUGAGCCUGUUCUCCUUUACGCCCAACAAGUCCCUGCGCGCGAAGAACCGCGGACGCAACAAUGCGCUGCCCAAGGGCGCCGUCGUUGGUGGUGGCAACUGGCAGGAGAACGCCACGAACGUGGGCUCGUUUGGCCUCAAGCAAACACUCGCGUCAGCCCUACCGCCCCCAGGCUACUCCCGCCAGCGGCCGCAUGUGUGGGCGCUCAGCCUGCCCACGGGCGCCGUCCAUCUGUUCCAGGUCGGCACGCCCGAAAUCUGCAAGGAGUUUGUGACAACGGCCAACUACUGGAGCGCGCGGCUGAGCACACAUCCGCUGGUCGGCGGCAUAUCCAACAUUGAGUACGGCUGGGGCGACGGCAUUGUGAACAACUCGCUGGUGAACGCGAUCAAGAGCGAGUCGAGCACGGCGCUGCCGUCCACCUCGAACACUGGUACCCACGGCCCUUACCCGCCGUCGGCGUCGCGUCCUGGCUCGGCCGCUGCGGGUCGCGCCAGCUUGCAAUCGCGCAGCUCGUUCCGCUCCGGCUCCUUCGAUUUCGGCCACGGCCGCAGCGGUUCCUCGUCCAGUGGCUUCACGGCGUCGGCAGCGAAUAUCGGCGGUGGAGGUAUUGGCAGUUCAAGCCGUCACGGCGGCAGCGGCAAGCUGCCCGGCGAUCGCAUUGCCAUUGCCGAGUGGAUGCCGCCUGCCCAGUCGCUGCGCCCGUCCAAUGCGGCCGAGCCGCAGCAGCUGCAAACGCUGAUGGCGUACGUGCAGAGCAUCGAGAGCGAACUCAAGUCGCACAACGCGCUGCGGUCGCCCAUGCUGCUCGCGUUCACGCCGCGGGGCCAAAACGCUACCAAGGCUAUGGCCAACUGGGAGCGCAAGAGCUCGUACCUGCUGCGGGAGAUUGUCAAGUACCGGACGUACGUGGACUGCCUGACCGAGGCCGAGCGGCGGCGCAGCGAGAUUUACCAGGAGCGGGAGAUUGCGCGGCGGGCAGCGCGGGGCGAGGGCAGUAUUGGCUCCAAUGACGAGGACAACCACUUGGCUCGGGAUGGCCGAGGCCGUGGUGACGAUGACGACAAUAAUGACGACGAGACGGGCGCCGAGACGGCACGCGAUGACAAUGGCGACGACAGCGACAUUAUGGGAGCGACCGCCCACCGCCAUCGCAAGGACAGCGAUGUUCUUGGUGCGAGCGAGUCUCUUCGGGUGUAA